AUGGCUGAUUCAACCGAAAACGCCGGUGCCGGCAACGGCGCCAACGCACCACAGCGCCAGAGCGGUUUAUGGGCCGAAUUUGAGUCGCUCAAGUCGCCCGAGAAGAAGGAAGUCGCAGAGGUGCCCAAGGUUGGCGCCGCUGCACCAAGCUCAGACAAGAUCCCUCUGCCCGACGGCAAGCCCACUGUUGUUGUCUUCCUCCGCCACUGCGGCUGCCCUUUCGCCGAAAAAGUCUUCAAGAAGCUGUCUGCGCUUUCCCACAAGCAGCCUGACCUCCACUGCAUCGCCGUGUCGCACUCGUCCGCCGAGACGACGGAGAAAUGGAUCCCGCAAGUCGGUGGUGCCUGGUCGACCGACGUGGUCGUUGACGAGUCGCGAGACCUGUACGCACAAUGGGGACUCGGGCUGAGCAGCGUGUGGCACAUGUCCGGGCCCUCGGUGCUCUACUCCGUGUACCGUCUGGGUGCCGACGAGGGCGUCUGGAACCGGCCCACGGAGAGUGGCACCCGCUGGCAGAUUGGCGGCGCCUUUGCCGUUGACGAAGGUGGCGUGGUGCGCUAUGCGCACAUUGCCAAGGCGGCCAAUGACCUGCCGGACCUUGAAGCCGCCGCGCAGGCCGUGGGCAUCACGGUGGCUGAGGAGGAAGCUAAACCAUGA